AUGGCCGAAAAUGUCGACGAAAAACUUAGGACUCCUCAAACGGAGGAAACUCCUUAUGUUGAGUCCCAGCAUCCCCAGGAGGAGGAUCUUCCCGACCAGACCGCGCAGGAUGGUGUGAGAAUCGCAGAGGCCAUGACCAUGUCGUGGAGCAGAACAUCGCUGAUCGUGGUCUACAUUAGGCAAUACUUUCCUAGUAUGUGGUUACUUUACUUUAGCAAUGCCUUUGAAGGCCAGCUAGAGACCAAUCUGAAUCCUUACGUGUCGAGCGCCUUCGAAGAUCACUCCCUGAUGCCGGUCAUCAAUGUGGUGUCGAGUACCCUUUCCGGCGUCACAUAUAUGCCUGUUGCUAAGAUUCUGAAUUUGUGGGAUCGCACCGUCGGCUUUAUGUCGAUGGUAUCGAUUGCAACUCUGGGUAUGGUUCUCAUGGCCAGCUGUAACAGUUUCCCGCUGUAUGCAGCGGCCCAGGUAUUUUACUCGAUUGGCUUCACUGGGAUGAUCUUCUGUGUGGAUGUCGUCACCUCAGAUACCUCCACUAUGCAAAACCGUGGGCUUGCUUUCGCCUUUACUUCGUCCACCUAUAUUAUCACUGCAUUCGCGGGCCCGGCUGCAGCCGAGAAGAUCUAUGGCUUUAAUUGGCGGUGGGGAUACGGUGCCUGGGCAAUUGUCGUGCCCGCCGUGUCGGUGCCCAUGGUGGUUGUGAUGCAGCUCGGCAAGCGAAAGGCAAUGAAGAACGGACUGAUGGCACGGCCCCGUAGUAACCGUACCUGGUACGAAAGCAUAUGGCAUUACAUGAUUGAAUUUGACUUCAUCGGCGUUUUCCUUGUCUGCGCGGGAUUCGUCAUCUUUUUGUUACCCUUUACCCUUGCUGGUUACUCUGAGGGCCUCUGGACUAGUGCUUACAUUAUUGCGAUGAUCGUUGUUGGGUUCGUUCUCCUGGUUGUCUUUGCCUUUUGGGAGAAAUACGGCGCCAGCAAACCAUUCGUUCCCUGGUACCUGCUCAAGUCGCGCACGGUCUUGGGUGCCUGUCUACUUGACUUUACGUACCAGGUUGCUUACUACUGCUGGUAUCUGUACUUGACCUCGUACUUACAGGUCGUGUACAAUACGUCAAUUGAGUCGGCUGGGUAUAUCAGUAGCAUCUUCGAUGUUGUCUCGAGCGUGGAGCUUAUAGCCGUGGGUUUCUUAAUCCGCUGGACUGGCCACUUCAAAUGGAUUCUCCUGUGGGGUGUACCACUGUACAUUCUGGGAGAAGGCUUGAUGAUCUAUUUCCGGAAUCCCGGUUGGGGCAUUGGAUAUAUGGUUCUGUGUCAGAUCAUUAUUGCCUUGGGUGGAGGAGUGAUUACCAUCGGCGAACAAGUUGCCGUUUUAGCCGCUUCUGACCACAAUGAUGUCGCAGCCGUUCUUGCUCUGCUGGGUCUUGUCGGCUAUAUUGGUGGCUCCGUUGGUAGCAGCAUUUCGGGCGCUAUUUGGACCAAUACCCUGCCCGGAGAGCUGAGAAAGAGGCUAUCAGAAAAGAACCAAGGCGAGAUCGACAGCAUCGUUGGUAGUCUUCCCAAGCAGCUGAGUUACCCCAUGGGCUCUGAGAUGCGAGAGGUUAUUGGGUUGGCCUACGCGGCAACCCAGAAGCGCAUGCUAAUUGCCGGCACGGCAAUUAUGGCUCUUGGCCUGGGCUUUACCUUGCUGAUCAAGAACAUCAACGUCAGGAAGGUUGACCAGGUCAAGGGUAUGGUGUUCUAG